AUGCAGCCGUUAGUGUCAGCGCAUUGGCGUUGGCGCUUACUCCGCCUGAUCCUUUGUCUCGCCGUCACAAUGAGCCUGCAAUUUCAACACACGCUGGCACUGCCCGACGUCAUUAAAAUUGGUGGCCUUUUUCACCCGAGUGACGAUACCCAGGAGCUAGCGUUUCGCCAGGCCGUCGAGCACAUAAACUCUGAUCGAUUAAUAUUACCGCGUUCUAAGUUGGUGGCGCAAAUUGAGCGUAUCUCACCGUUUGACAGUUUCCACGCAGGCAAAAGGGUUUGCGGCUUGUUGAAUAUUGGCGUAGCAGCUAUAUUCGGGCCACAAUCUUCAAACACCGCCAGCCAUGUCCAAAGUAUCUGCGACAAUAUGGAGAUACCUCAUUUGGAGAAUCGCUGGGAUUACCGUUUGCGACGUGAAAGCUGUCUAGUGAACUUAUAUCCACAUCCAAAUACACUUGCUAAGGCUUACGUGGAUAUCGUCAAGUAUUGGGAAUGGAAAACAUUCACGAUUAUAUACGAGAACAAUGAUGGCAUUGUACGGUUACAGGAGUUACUCAAGGCGCAUGAUAACUCACCGUAUCCGAUUACAGUGCGGCAAUUGAGUUAUUCAGGGGAUUACAGACCACUGCUCAAACAAAUCAAAAACUCCGCCGAAGCGCACAUCGUACUCGACUGUUCCACCGAUAAAAUUUACGAAGUACUCAAGCAAGCUCAACAGAUUGGCAUGAUGAGCGAUUACCAUAGCUAUCUCAUUACUUCACUCGACCUGCAUACCAUCAACGUAGACGAAUUCCGUUAUGGUGGCACGAAUAUAACCGGAUUUCGUCUGAUUAACGAAAAAGUCGUCUCGGAUGUGGUACGUCAGUGGAGUUUUGACGAUAAAGGUUUACAACGCUCAGCUAAUUUGAGUACGGUGAGGGCGGAGACAGCGCUCAUGUAUGAUGCAGUACAUCUAUUCUCUAAAGCGCUGCAUGAUUUGGAUACAUCACAGCAAAUAGACAUACAUCCCAUUAGUUGUGAUGGACAGAAUACCUGGCAGCAUGGUUUUAGUUUAAUCAACUAUAUGAAGAUCGUCGAAAUGAAGGGACUAACUAAUGUUAUCAAAUUUGAUCAUCAAGGCUUUCGCACCGAUUUCGUGUUGGAUAUUAUUGAAUUAGGACCGAAUGGUAUACGCAAAAUUGGCACAUGGAACUCAACAUUACCGGAGGGUAUCAACUUUACGCGUACCUACAGCCAAAAACAGCGCGAAAUUGAAGCGAACUUGAAGAACAAAACGCUGACGAUCACAACAAUAUUGAGUAAUCCAUAUUGCAUGCGAAAGGAAUCGGCAGUGCCGCUAUCGGGUAACGAUCAAUUCGAAGGUUACGUUGUUGAUCUGAUACAUGAAAUUUCAAAGGCGCUGGGUUUCAACUAUAAAAUUCAGCUAGUGCCAGAUGGCAACUAUGGCAGCUUUAACAAGCAAAAUGGCGAAUGGAAUGGCAUGAUACGCGAGCUGUUGGAGCAACGCGCCGAUCUUGCUAUCGCUGAUCUCACCAUUACUUUUGAGCGCGAACAAGCGGUAGACUUCACCAUGCCCUUCAUGAACUUGGGUGUGUCAGUGCUCUAUCGCAAACCUGUUAAGCAGCCGCCGAACUUAUUUUCAUUUCUUUCGCCGCUUUCGCUGGAUGUUUGGAUCUAUAUGGCCACCGCUUAUUUGGGUGUUUCAGUGCUGCUUUUCAUUUUGGCGCGCUUCACACCCUACGAAUGGCCAGCAUAUGCGGAUGCGCAUGGCGAGAAGGUCGAGAGCCAAUUUACUCUCAUGAAUUGCAUGUGGUUUGCUAUUGGUUCGUUAAUGCAGCAAGGUUGUGACUUCUUGCCGAAAGCUCUGUCAACACGCAUGGUAGCUGGCAUAUGGUGGUUCUUUACCCUAAUCAUGAUCUCCUCGUACACAGCCAAUUUAGCAGCGUUUCUCACUGUUGAACGGAUGGACUCCCCUAUUGAGAGUGCUGAGGAUUUGGCUAAACAGACACGAAUCAAGUAUGGUGCUCUUAAGGGUGGCAGUACGGCAGCAUUCUUUCGAGAAUCGAAAAUCUCCACCUACCAACGCAUGUGGUCAUUCAUGGAAUCCGCACGACCAUCUGUAUUCACCUCAACCAAUGCCGAAGGUGUGGAUCGCGUGGCCAAGGGUAAAGGUUCAUACGCCUUUCUUAUGGAAUCAACAUCCAUUGAAUAUGUAACCGAACGCAAUUGUGAACUAACUCAGGUGGGCGGCAUGUUGGACACCAAAGGCUAUGGCAUAGCAGCGCCACCUAAUUCCCCUUAUCGUACCGCCAUCAAUGGUGUUAUACUCAAACUACAGGAAGAAGGCAAAUUGCAUAUACUGAAAACGAAAUGGUGGAAAGAGAAGCGAGGCGGUGGUAGUUGUCGCGUAGAGACCUCGAAAUCUUCAUCAGCGGCUAAUGAGUUGGGUUUGGCGAAUGUGGGCGGGGUGUUCGUAGUGCUAAUGGGCGGCAUGGGCGUGGCGUGUGUAAUUGCUGUGUGUGAAUUUGUGUGGAAAUCGCGAAAGGUCGCCGUCGAAGAGCGGCUUAGUGCGAUUCUACACGAAUGAGAAUAGAUGUCGUGAAUCCAAGAAGAAGAAUGGGUUUAAAAUAGCUAAAGGGCAAUGAAGAGAGCGAGCGUAAAAUGAAAAAUAUAUAAAACAAAUAUAUUGGCACCCUUGAAAAUUUUUGAAAAGUGAGGAGCAUAGUAAACUGAGCAUCAAAGAAAAAUUGUUGGAACUGAACAGAUCACUAUACCGUUGUACUGUGUGCAUGCAUGGGCUCUCGUUCGCAGGCUUUUCUAACAUUUAGAUACAUAUUUACAUAAAUUUAGACACUUAAAUUUAGUUAAAUAUAGACCGGAAUAGUGUUUCAUAAAUAUGUAUGACAGUUUAGUAUUAGUCAUAUAUAGUUAGUGACACGUACAUAUAUGUUUGUAUACACAAACAUGAAGGUGAUCCUUAAAAUAUAAACUUAUAAAUUGUGUAUGGAGCACCGCUUAAUUUUGUUUUCGUACAAAAUCUAGACAUUUAUCAAAAUUUAAAAAUGUUUAAAUAAUGUAA